GAUUUAGUAUGUAUGCGUUUAUCUACUGUCGCAGCCAGUUCUCGAAGAUUGUGUAAAGUUUGAAGAAAAUACUUGAUUAUUAUUCUAAUUCAUAAGCACUACUGUGCAGUACUUCGAAAAACUACUGAAACAGAGCCUGUGGAAGUUUCAAAUUUGUUCUACGUACAGGGUAUCAGCUACUGGCUGAAAAUUCAAGUUCAAUCAUGGCAAAAAUGGCGUUCCAGCACCAGGCGGGCACCGCGAUGGAGUGCUUAAGCAUUCCCAUAACGUUGCACAAAGAAAAGGACAUCGAUGAGGAAGGUCGAGAAGUGCUGAAAUGUGGCUUUAAAAUUGGCGGUGGAAUCGAUCAAGACUUUAAGAAAAGUCCUCAGGGAUACACUGACUAUGGCAUUUAUGUCACGGAGGUUCACGAGGGCAGUCCAGCGGCGAAGUCUGGCCUACGAAUGCAUGACAAAAUUCUGCAAUGUAACGGGUAUGAUUUCACUAUGGUUACUCACAAAAAGGCAGUCAGUUACAUUAGGAAAAAUCCUGUGUUGAAUUUGCUUGUUGCACGAAAAGGUGUGACGUCUACCUAAUGUCGCAAAUUCAGUAGAUAUUAUUAUAACUCUGUGAAAUUUUACCUUACGAUACGUAUUUCAAUGCACGAUUACAUUAGUUCAUUGUUAUCAGUAGAAGUACUACCGUAAUCAAAACAGGUAUCCUAAGCUUAGUUUAGUAGGUUAAAAUAGGGAUAAACGAGCAAAGGUUCAAAAGGCAGUGAUAUAGAUAAGAAUUCAUACAACCCUGCCAAAUCACAUUUAUAUUAGUUAUAAUUUUAUGUUACGGGGUUUUACCGUUAUUUGAUGUAAUGUUUUAUUGUCUUUAUUUACAAUAUGUUACUCGAUAUUAAAUCGAAAGUAUGCAGUUGCGAAGCGAUGAAUUCCAAUAAAUUCAUACUAAAAUUCCAUACAUCAUUUUUCAAAAUAGGAUUAUUUUCAUCAAUUUUGUAUAUGCUGGGAAGCCAAUAAGCGAUUGGAAUGAACUUGACACUAAAGUUACAGUUUUUAUGGAUUCUUCAAUAAGUUCAUUCUUCGAGAAAAAUACGUUAGUGACGUUUCAGCAGAAUGAAAUAUACUUGGCUAAAUUUUGUUGUCAAGGACCUAUAAUAAUUCA